AUGACCACCCAGGGGUUUCGUCGUGGCUACAACGCCACAGCCGAGCACGAGUUCACUUCGCUUGAGAAAGUGCUCCUCUGUAUCGCUGAUGAGGCUAUUGCUUGUCUCAAGGUGCUCAAGAGACACUUAUCAGGCUUCGACAAUCGUCACGGGAACCUCUUUGCCAACACGGCCGCCUCGUACUUGCGAAAGGAUUUGCGCACGGCAAAAGACGCGGCACUCGAGUUGAAGCACGUGGCGCAUCAGAUGAGGCACAAUUUGCAGCCGGCAGAGGCGGCUACUGACUCGGCUCGAACCGUGAUGGGGGUCAGUGCCAAGGCCAUGGACGUCCUCAAGACGACGGCGCACGAGUACGACGAGAAGAUUCUGAGGCAGUCCAAGAGGAGCAACGCGGACGAGAAGUACCACACGAGUGGGACUUGUGAGAUCCGAGACCAACGUAGAGAUGACCGACGCUGCGGUCCCUUGCGUGGGAGCAAUUCUCACUCGAGCAAUGACGUCGCUAUUGGUGGUAAUCCAGCUGCUCUUCUGGAGUUUACGGACACUGUCGAGCAGCUGGUCAAGACGAUCCUGCGCGACAACUUCAACAUCAGUGCAUUGAGUCAUCAGAUCACGAUCGCCGAGAAGUCGCUGUCGUCAUCGUCUGCGUCCGUCGAGCGUGUGAAGAUGGUGGUCCAGGACGUGGAGGAAAAACUUGGACGUGGCACGCCGAGUGCUGAGUCAGGUUGCUAUGCGUGA